AUGGCCAUAUUUUCCAGCAUGAAUUUGGAAAAUAAAGGCAUCAAAUUAUUUUACAUCACUGAAUCACUGAUCAAAUAUGCAGCUCCCUCCUGGUGCAGUUUUGUUACACAACAACAACUUCAGCAACUACAAUCUCCCAUCAAAAAACUGGUUCGCCUCAACUAUCUACCUGCAACCUAUCCUACCGUCACUCAAAUGUUCAACAAACUCGAUUCAAGACUGAUCAAGAAAGAUUGCGUCACUAAUAUUGUGCCAUCAAAUCAUUGUAGCUAUACGCCAUUCAUCAAACACGAAAGCGAUUGCAAUUAUACAGCAAAGGACAAAACAAAUAUAGAAAAAAAUUAUUAUCAAGAAAAAUCUGCUAAAUUAAAUACUGAGACAGAAUUGAAGUGUGCAUCGUCAAAAUUCCCUCCCAAAAAUUCAUGCUAUGGCUCAUCUCCUAACAACUGCAACAAAGAAAUUACGUUUACAUCAAACGUUUCAAAACUUUUUUUUGAAAAUGUUUAUGGAACACGUCAAAAUCAUUUUCAAAAUAAUUUAAACAAGAAGACGAAUGACGAAACUUUGACGAAUUUUCAAACAAUUUCUAAAGUUAAUAAAAUAAACACAUUUUGCGAAAAUUCUUGUAAAAAUUCAAGUUCGUCAGUUAAACAAAACAACAAUAUAAAUUUUGAUAUUGAAGACAGUAUUCCUCGUAACAGUUCUAAUUUAAGAUGCGAAUCCAAAAAUAUAGAAGUUGUCUCUCAAAUAUCUCCAAUCUUGAAGCAUUCGUUGAUUAGUUCUAAAAAUAAAGAAUGUGGGGUAACGACGUUAGAGAAUGAAUUAUGCAACGGCUUUAUGGUGAAUUCUUGCGCUGUCCUCAAAUGUUCGACCUCUCAACUGCUACCAUCUGUAACUAACACAUCAACCAACCGUCUUCAAACAAGCAGUAACGACACAAAUAUUUUAAAGGCAAAAACAAAAAACGUCAGUUGUCCUUUAUUAGGAAAACCUGAAUUAAAUUCAACGAUACAGCAUUUAAAUUUUAUUAAUUCGAAGAAUUUUGAUGUAUAUCUCAAUACUUCGAAGAAUGUCAGCUCAUCAAGCAACCAAAUUUCUAAUGUUAAUUUAGUUAGUAAUAUUAAGACUUAUGAAUGUUCUUUGCCAACGACGUUAAAUUUGACAACGCAAAAUAUAUCUACAAUGACUUUUACUUCAACCCAAGUUAAUUUAAGUAAUGCACUAUUAAAAUCUUGCAUUUUACCAUCAUCUAGUUUUUUUAAUUUUCAUUUAAGUAAUCAACGUCAAAAAUCAGUCGCUAGUUUAGCAAAAAUAAAUUGUGAUUUGACCCCAUUAAAUUCAAAUACUAAUCUCCCGCAAACUUAUACUCCACCUAUUCGUUUUAAUCCUGAAUUAUGGCAUGCAAAUUCUAAAUCAAUAAAUUACAGCGACCAAAAUAUUUUAUCUAUUUUAAAGCAAACAAAAGCUAUUUCAGAUUCGACUCAUAACUGUGAAUCAGUGGGUGGUAUAAAAGGCAUGUCAAAUCUAAAUGAUAACUUCAGAUUUAUUAAUAGGAAUCAACGCAAAAUUUGCUUGAACGGAAAUAACGAAUGCAAGUUUGUUAAUGAUAAAAUCUCUUCAAAUUAUUUUGAUUUCGAAAAAAUAUCGAAAAGUUUAUUUCAAUUUGAUGAGAGUAAAUUGUUGAAUAAAUAUCGACAUAAUUUGUCACCACAUUCCCAUUACAAUGUUAGUAGCAAAAAUGAUCAUCACACCGCGACUAUUUUUGUAAAAGAUUUUAAAAAUAAUUUUUCAGAUGUUAUCCAAAAUAAAAAUAUAGAUAACGCUUCAACCAAUAAUACUUCAGUAAAAAAUGUUCGUUAUGCUUGUUCGUGUAUCGAAAUUUCACAAAAUAAAAAUUCCGUUUUAUUCAACCAUCACCCUUCAUUUGCACAUGCUUCAGCUGAACAAUCUUAUCAAUUAUUAAAUGAGAAUAAGUUUGGUGCGCACUCUAAAAUGGUAAUGGAAUGCGAAAAUAAGAAAUUAUUUUCAAAAAUUGAAAUUGCCCCGUGUAGGUCAUGUCUAAAUGUUUCUGAUUCAAAUGGCGAGUACAAGAAAAAAAAUAUUUUAAAUUGGGAAUUGAAUGAUUAUUAUGAAUAUGUGAAUUCUAGAAAUGAGUUUUCUAAAAUUUUUCUAUCAAAUAAUAUACCAACAAAUGAAAUUUUUAAUCACUGCAUCACUAAAAACUACGUUCGUAAAAAUGAAAAUGAAGCAGUGUUACCAUAUUUUGGAGUUAAUAAAACUAAGUAUAAUUUUAGACAGGACAAUUUUAAGCCACCUCGACCAGAAAAACUUUGCAAUUAUGAAAACUCUUUUUCUUAUGCUACCUCAAUUUAUGGCAAUGACGCAAAUGCAAACAUAGACCAAAAAACGUUCAAUAUUGAACGGAAUAAUAUAGGUGCUCAGCAAUUAGCAUAUAAGGAAACAGAUCAUGGAAGCUUACAACUAUCUUCUUCAAAUAACAAUUUUCUGUGCAGCAGCAACAAUUUUGUUAGUUACGUGAACUUAUCAAAUCAAGAUUUGCCAAUAAAUAAUUUUGGUAAAUGUUCGCAAAUGUGUUCUAAUCCGCUCCAUAACAAGGAUAACUUGAAUGGCGUAAUCUGCAAUUGUACAGAGUUUAAAAAUUGUUACGGCAACGAUCUAUAUCGACUAAAUGAACCAAUAGACAACAGGGUGGCAAAUAUAUCAAAUCCAAUUGGGAUGAACAAUGCUGUAAAUUUUGAAUUAGUUAACGCUGAAUCUUUAUGUGUGAACAAUUUUGCUAGUGAAAAAAUAGAUAAUAACAAAAUAAUUUCUCGAGACUAUGAACUAAAAGAUCAACAUCGUUUAAAUGCACCUAACUGUUCAAUCAUGCCUAUCUCAAAUGAAGCCGAGAGUUUCCAGCAAAAUAAAUUUAGAGAGAAAAUAUGUAAUUUCUACCCGAAGUCUUGCAUGAAGUAA